UAAUGUCCCCUUUUUCUUCAUCGUUAGGGCAAACAGGAAAAACAAAGAAGAAGGUGCAAACACAUCUUGCAACCAUCGUUGCCGUCACCUAUGCUUCCGAUCACCACCAACAAAACCCUUAAAUCGAUACACAUAACCACUCACCACCAAUGCCUUAUCUUACCAAAUCCUCCAAAGCAAUCCACUUAGCCAAUCGCAUAUACAGAAGACUCCACCACCCCAAUCAUCAUCACUACAGGUUAGGGUUACCUUACUCUGCCUUGAUUCAUCACAAUUUCUGCUCCAAUUCUCGCAAGAAAGACGAGAACAAUGCCAUAGAUUUGAGUCAGUACCCCACCGAUAAAAUUCGAAACUUCUCGAUUAUUGCUCAUGUUGAUCAUGGAAAAUCUACUAUUGCUGAUCGGCUUCUUGAGUUAACUGGUACUAUUAAGAGAGGCCAUGGGGUUGCUCAGUAUCUUGAUAAACUGCAGGUUGAGAGAGAAAGGGGAAUCACAGUAAAGGCUCAAACCGCCACAAUGUUCUAUGACUACAACAAAAAAGAGAGCAACACAAACUAUUUACUGAAUCUGAUCGACACACCCGGUCACGUCGAUUUCAGCUAUGAAGUAUCAAGAUCUUUAGCCGCUUGUCAAGGAGCCCUUUUAGUGGUUGAUGCAGCCCAAGGUGUACAAGCUCAAACCGUUGCAAACUUUUACCUAGCGUUUGAAUCUAAUCUGACAAUAAUACCUGUCAUCAACAAAAUCGAUCAACCAACCGCGGACCCGGAUCGUGUUAAAGAACAGUUAAAAUCAAUGUUUGACCUUGACCCGAGCGAUGUACUUUUGACUUCUGCGAAAACCGGUCAAGGUCUUGAACAUGUACUUCCGGCUGUUAUAGAACGGAUUCCUCCGCCUCCUGGAAAACGUGAUUCGAAUCUUCGUAUGUUUUUGUUGGAUUCUUAUUAUGAUGAGUAUAAGGGGGUGAUUUGUCAUGUGGCGAUUGUUGAUGGGUGUUUGCGUAAAGGUGAAAAAAUUUCGUCGGUUGCUACGGGUCAGUCUUAUGAGGUUUUGGAUGUUGGGAUUAUGCAUCCGGAACUUCGGUCAACGGGUUACUUGUUGACCGGUCAAGUGGGGUAUGUGGUUAGUGGCAUGCGGUCAACUAAAGAAGCACGUGUUGGAGAUACAUUGUUUCAUACACGAACAACCGUAGAGCCUUUACCAGGGUUCAAGCCUGCAAAACAUAUGGUUUUUUCUGGGCUUUAUCCGGCGGAUGGUUCGGAUUUCGAAGCACUUAGCCAUGCAAUUGAAAGAUUAACGUGCAAUGAUGCUAGUGUCUCGGUUGCCAGAGAGAGCAGCACAGCGCUUGGUCUCGGUUUCCGGUGUGGCUUCUUAGGGUUACUGCAUAUGGAUGUUUUCCAUCAGCGCCUUGAACAGGAACAUGGAACUCAUAUAAUUUCUACUGUUCCAACUGUGCCCUAUAUCUUUGAGUAUUCAGAUGGGAGUAAAGUAGAAGUGCAAAAUCCCGGCGCAUUCACGUCAGAUCCUAAAAUUCGAGUUGUAGCUUCCUGGGAACCUACAGUAUUGGCAACAAUUAUUAUCCCCAGUGAGUAUGUGGGGGUCGUUAUUAAUCUUUGCUCGGAACGAAGAGGGGAGCAGCUAGAGUAUUCAUUUAUUGAUAGUCAACGGGCGUUUAUGAAGUACCGGUUACCUCUAAGGGAAAUUGUGGUUGACUUCUAUAAUGAACUGAAAAGCAUCACGUCUGGUUAUGCUUCUUUUGACUAUGAAGAUUCAGAGUACGUUGCAUCUGAUGUGGUGAAGCUUGAUAUUCUUUUGAAUGGACAACCCGUUGAUGCAAUGGCAACUAUUGUUCAUAAGUUGAAGGCCCAACGUGUUGGUCGUGAACUUGUGGACAAGCUCAAGAAAUUUAUUGACAGGCAAAUGUUUGAGAUCACCAUUCAAGCUGCCAUCGGAUCAAAGGUCAUUGCCAGGGAGACGAUUUCGGCAAUGAGGAAGAAUGUUCUUGCAAAGUGUUAUGGUGGUGAUGUUACGCGGAAGAAAAAGUUGCUGGAGAAACAAAAAGAAGGAAAGAAACGCAUGAAGCGUGUGGGGUCGGUGGACAUACCUCAAGAGGCUUUCCAUGCCAUAUUGAAGGUAUCAUAGUUAACAAGUUAAAAGCAAAAUUUACAAAGUCUUUUCUAAGGGGCAAAAGUUGGAAGGGAGAGACCAUAGUUGCUAGCCCUAUCUCCUUAGUUUCAUUAGGACAACAAUAUUUUUGCUAGUUUAGUUGUACCAAUCAUUGAUAUUUUGUGUUUGAUCUAAAAUCGUCAUACAUACAUAAAUGUCGUUGUAAAGACUUAUGGCGCGGUGAUGAGAGAACUUGAUGCACAAUAAAUUGCUUGUACCUUUUACAAAAUCUUCAAGGUUAGCCGAAUGCGCUUCAAUGUUGAUUUC